AUGACUGAUGCAAAAACACUUACCUCCACCCUAAAAGAUGUUCUGUUACGUUGUAACCUACUGUUGUCUCAGUGUCGUGGUCAAGUCUACGAUGGAGCAUCAAACAUGGCUGGUCAUAUUUCUGGAGUCUCUACCAGAAUCACCAGAGAAGAACCAAGAGCACUGUAUGUUCACUGUUUGGCUCACUCUUUGAACUUGUGCUUGCAGGACUGUGCUAGUUCUUGUGAUUGUGUAAAUAAUGCGUUAAGCUUAGCAUCAGAACUGGCUAGGCUAAUUCGUGCUUCACCCAAAAGAUUAGGGCUUUUUAAGAAGAUAAAAGCCGAGAUGAAUCUCCAGACCCCUGGUAUCAAGCCUCUCUGCCCGACAAGGUGGACUGUUCGUACCGGCGCUCUAGACGCAAUUAUCAGGAACUAUGAAGUUAUAUAUACAGAAUUGGACAUUGUUGGUAAAGAUUCUAACGAUGAAUCCUCGAAUAAAUCUUCUGGCUUGAGGGCUCUGAUGGAAAAAUUCAGCACGUUCUUUGGUUUAAAGUUAUCCUUUAUGGUCUUCAGCGCAAUGGAGGAAGUUUCAAAGACAUUGCAAAGCGUUGAUCUAAAUGCACAAGAAGCAAACUCUGCAGCUGCGAGUGCACUUAGUUUUCUUAAGAGGCAUCGAUCUGAUGAUCAAUUCGCAGCAUUUUAUCACUCGGUCGUUUCAGAAGCAAAAGAUCAAACUGACCCUCCAACACUUCCUAAACAAAGAAAAAUGCCAAAGAGAUUCGAUGAUGGGUCUGCUAAUCAUCAAUUUUCUACCCCAGAAGAUUAUUACAGGAAACAAUAUUUUGAAGUUCUAGAUCUUCUUACAGCUGAAAUCGAAAGGCGUUUUGAUCAAAACUCUUUUAAGAUAAUAAAUGAGAUAGAACAGUUGCUUUUGAACCCGUGUAAUGGUGUUACUGUUCAGUUUUCCGAAGAGUUUUUAGAAAAGUACUCCACUGAUGUAAACGUUGAGCGUCUCAAAGUCCAGUUGACGAUGCUACCAGAUUUAAUCAAGACUGCUAAUGAAUAG